UAUAUAUUUUGAAAAGUCUGAAAUUCCAGAUAUAUCUUGGGAUUUCGUUGUAAAUUUUGUAACUGCCUUUACCCCAUUGGCUAUUUGUACUAAACAUAUGCAAAUAGAGCAGUACGUAAUUGGUGAUUUUUAUAGAGAUUGGUUAUGUGGCGAGAUAGAGUUAGAGGAAUUAGUAACAAAAACACCAUACGCAUCACAUUUACAUGAAUCAAUGCAAAAAAGGAAACAAAUAUUUAUGGAUAGUGAUGCAUUCCAAGUCGCGCUUUAUCUUGAUCCCCGUUUUAAUUUUGAAAAUUCAACUAUGCUGUCUGAAAAUCAAAAAUCAACAGCUGUGGUGCAAAUAGCGUAUCUCACAGCAACUUUUGAAAGGUUAACAAAAUUGGAGGACUUACGGAAACGAGUGAUGGCAAAUAUAACAGCUAACACCGAAACAAAUCGCACCUUUAAACAAAAGCUCAUAGCACUUGCCAGCCAAAAAGGUGUUCCUCUUGAUACUGACAUUUUAAGCUAUUGGAAAACGUCAAACAAUUAUAAGGAGAUUAAAAAAGUUGCAGCAGUUACAUUAGCUGUUCCAGCUACACAAGUAUCGGUGGAAGGAGCUUUUAGCGCACUUUCUCUAGUUUUAACUAAAUUAAGAUCUAGAUUAAGUAAUAGUACAAUAAACAACUUACUAAUAACUAAAUUAAAUUUUCAAGAGCUUAACUCCAAAAAUAUGUGCUUAAAUAUUUCUGAUAAU